AUGAUCGUGGCAAGACCACGAACAAGAACCUCAGCUCCAAAUGCAAAAGCUCCAGUUUCUAAAACACCAAACAUAGCAGCAACAAACGCAGAAGCUCCCCCACCUCGAAGCUCAAUUGUCAAUGGUGAAAACCCCUCCUCUUCAAAUCGUUUUAUUGCUCUACAAAAAUCUGAACGCCAUGUUCAUGAGGAUAUCACCAGUCCCUACUUCCUCAGCAAUGGUGACCAUCCAGGGCUCGUCCUAGCUUUUCCUCCCCUGACCGACAAAAAUUUUCAAGCAUGGAGACGCGACUUCAAAAUUUCUAUUGGAGCCAAGAACAAAAUAGCCUUCCUCACUAGAGCUCUUCCUCAACCAAGACCAGACGAUCUUCUGCUCAAUUAUUGGCUCCGCUGCAACCAAAUGGUAAUGUCAUGGAUUCUCCACUCUAUUUCUCAAGAAAUCAAAAGCAGCAUCAUGUAUCUAGACUCAGCUAUUGCAAUAUGGAGUGAACUCAAUCACAGAUUUGAUCAAGGAAAUGGACCAAGAAUAUUCAAAAUGGAUGAAACUCUCAUCACCCUUCACCAACGCCAUGACUCUGUAAGUGCCUAUUUCACAAAACUGAAGGCCAUUUGGGAUGAAAUUGCUGAACUCCGCCCCGUACCCCCUAAACCUGUGCAACUUCGGCUAAUUCUCUUGCUUUUCACAAUCAAGAUCAAGUUUUACAAUUUCUAA